AUGCAUCGAGAAGGGAGUUUGGCAGGACUGGCCGAGAGCAGAGAAAUCAAAUUUCUAGUCCCACAGAAUCUGCUUUCAGCAAGUCGAAUCGAACAGCAAGUCAAGGAAAAUGAUUUGAAAGUUCAGCGUCGGAUAGACGAUCUUACCAGAACAGGGCAGGCGGCUCGUGAGUCUUUGGAGGAGAUGUAUCGAAACAUGGUGAUCAGAAAGUGGCUUAGGAUUGCUUCCCAAGGGCUUCUUGCAAGCCAGACAUCUCUGAAGAGGAACGACGUUCAACCCUCGAGACUCACCAUGGAAGGCGCGCCUCAGGAAUUCCAAAAAGACGACAUUCUCGUCUACACACAGCACCUCGACAAGCACGUGUUCGGAACGACAGGGUCCGAGCAACAACUCCCUGGGACGGUCUACGCCCACCAUUCUGUGGACGCCAAAUUGUCCGCGUGGAAUGCAGCAAGCAAUUCCCAGCUUCUCUUGCUGGCUGGGCCUAUCAAAACCCACCUUCCAUCUUCCAUGGCAAUCGCAGCUACCAGCGUCAUCGACAGCGCAAUUCAUCUUAAAGUCCCGUAUCUCGCGUUCUACUGCCAACGCCCAAACGACGGUACAGAAAUAAAAAGCAGUUCUCCAGAAUGGGCGGUGACCACUGGGCUCGUCUACAGUCUCAUUAGGCAACUUCUCUGCAAAAGGCUUGUACCAGCCGAAAUAUUAGACGGCCCCGAUUUCUGCCCCGAGAGAUUUGAAGCCCUGGACGGGACAGACGCGAGCUUGGAACCUGCUGUCUCCAUUCUGGACACCUUGCUCGAUCAUGCAGGCCCUCACCUUCUCUGUAUAAUCGAUGGCCUCCAAAUCUGA